AAUAUAGAUCUAAAGGGUUCCCGCUAAAAACAAAUCUAUUCGUCUAGAUUAAAAUUAUAUAUGUGUGUUUUUAGUAGUUUAAUAUUAUGGCAUUUAAAAAUUUGUAUAAUAUUAUCAAUAAAACAAACAUUUAUGAUUAGAACUACUUCACGUGAUAUCAAUCCGCAUAAUACAGCAUGCAAUUCAAAUGGAGUGUAAAAACUACUUUGUGAAGUGCUUAUAGUUCUGAAUUGUUGUAUUGGGUUAUACAAACUGUUUAUGUGUUAGAGCUUGCCUUUUUGGCGGCUUACAAAGAUAAUUGCGCGCACUAAAACCGGGUGAUUUAAUAAAUUUCAGCGCGCAUUUUAACAUUUACCUCAACGUUGUUUUGGAGUUAUGUUUCAUUUAUUUGCUUCAUAGUUCUGUUUAAAUGUUUCAUGGUGACUCAUACAAUACUGGAACCACAUUAAGAAAAUACUAUGGAAUAUAGUAAUACAAACAUGAGCGGUGGCCAACAGAUAUAUGUCUCACAAUCUCAAGAGCCACCGAGGGUAUCUGGAUGUAAUCCUCAACACCUUACAAAUACUUUCCCAGGAGCUGAUUGCAAUUCACCUAACAGGAAUUACGGACCUUAUUCACAGGCUUAUCAAACUCAUGAGUACAGUGGACCACAUACUUCCCAUAUUGCUGGACCACAAGGGGUUUAUCAACAAGCAUACCCUAGUGAAGUUCAUGGUCAAAGCUUAACACUCAACCAGUUGUUACAACAAAAUAGUUCUUCAGGUACAUAUCAAGUCCGCGCUAUGAACAACACACAGCCAGUUUAUCGGAGCUAUGAUCCUUAUUCUUAUACAUAUAAGCCCGGUGCACCGUCGUGCGUGUCACAAGAUCGAUCUCAGGCAAACACAUAUUCCUAUUCCGGAGCUCAACGGUUCUCAGAUCCAUAUACUCGAUCGUAUCUUCCAUACCCACCUGGUCCAAAUUAUCCGUAUUACCCACAUUCGCAGCCUUUAGUACAAAGGACUCGCGCACCUCAACCCCCUAACUUGGAAUAUCCAACCGUAAACUCUUGCAACCAAUCAAGGCCACCCCAACCUACACCACCUGGAGGAGGAGGUACUACAAAUCAAAUUGAGCGUCCACCGUCAAGAAAUAUCAACUAUAUCAAUAGUUCAUCACAUGCGGCAUUCCAGAAUACACAGAUUUCCUCUCCAGUUUACUCUAGUGGGUCUCAAAUGUCAUCCUGGUCACCACAUACUGCUACUUUCGGAUCUCCACAGCAUGUUCAGUCUCAACCAAGACCUCGUAGUUUAUCAAGAGAUUAUCAACUUAAAAUAAAUGAUGGGUCUUCUGAAUCUCCCAACACUAACAAUAAUAUUUCUGCAAGACCUAACAGUCAAAAUGAGGGCACACCUAAUACCUUCGAAGAUACAGGAUGUCGUCCUCAGUCAAGAAUAAGUGAAUCUGGAAUAUCAUCGACUCCUAAAAGUGUAACAUCAUGUGCUAAAGAUCAACUUGAUAGUCAAAACACCAUAUCGUCUGUUGAGAUACCUGUGCCAAAUUCAAUUAUUGAUGGAACACAACAACCUCAAGUGUCUACACCUUCCAGUUCCAUUGCAAACAUAUCUGUCAGUCCGAUAUCUGCAGUAUCAAGAGAAACAUCUCCCACGCAAAGUUAUCCAUCCUUUGUACAAUCUUCUGUACCGUCAUCUUCCCCUAUGGUUUCAUCACAAAUGGGAAAUAUUCAGGUUCAACCGGCUACAUGCCCAAGUCCUGGGCAGUCUAAAGGAUCACACCAAAUCAAUCAAGCCACAGUACCAUCACCUCGCCCAUACGGAAUAGUAAACCAGGAAUUGGGCGGUGGCAUUCCACGAAUGACUUAUCCGUCAUAUCCUCAUCCCCAAGCUCCUCUUCCCAAUAGUCCUUACUCAACUAGUGGUCGUUCACCUGGUUUUUCUCCAACUGCUUAUCCUUUACGCUCUCCAUCAAUGCAUCCAUCUAACUGUAUGCCUAAUAGAGCACAAUUUCAGCCACAAUCUUCUAGUGGACCUACCAGUUCAAUGCCUCCACCGCCAACAUUGCCACAGUCAUCUUUAUCAUCUAACCAAUCAUCAGUUUGUGACAAUAAUGGAUCUUCUCAAUCAACAUUCACACAGGUCCCACCAUAUCCAAUACCAGUUUCGUCCACAGGUAGCGGGUAUGGUGCUUCAUCGAGUCAAGCUCAUGGUUCUCAUCCACCUUGGGAUCAAGAAAUCUCUUAUCAAUCACCACAACCACCACAUCCUGGCGGCAUGUUUCAUCAUCAAUUUGUUAACCGUCCACCUUAUCUUGGAUCUUCAACAGACCGAGGAGUUGGUGUUGGUGGUGUUAGCGGUGGCGGCGGCUAUCCGCCUCCAUCGAUUCCUGUCUCUAAUGCUUCAAAUUUGAUACAACAUAAUGGACAACAUGCACAACCUUCAGCCACUGGACCAUAUCCUAAUAAUCAAUCCCUUUCAUAUUCAAAUCAUCAUGGCCAAUAUCCGUGUUCCCAGUCUCAAAUGCCGUAUCCUCAUCCUCAAUCACAGUACAUUCAUCCUUAUCCACAUGGUGGACCAACUGGAGGUGGUCCUCCUAUUUUGCAGCAACAACCACAACACCCUCAGCACAUGGUACCACCACCUACAAGCAGCACUACUGCAUCUCCUUACCCUUCGUCAAUCCUUAAUAGUAAUAAUAAUAAUAUUAAUAGUAGUGCAUCACCAUUGUCUCAGCAUAUGCAAAAUUCUAGAGAGGGAUUUCAUGUACAUUAUCCUCAUGAUGUACAACAUCAUUCAGUGUCUUCUUCGUCGAAUGAGAAUUUUGUCACAUCAGGUGGUUUUCCUCCAAACAGUGGUGGUGUUGGAUCACCUGGAAUUAUUCGACCAUCUUCUGUGAUGAAUAAUAAUGGUGUUUCUAAACCUAAUCUUAUUGCUGGAGGAAAAAUGGGCAAACUUGAUUCAUCAACUCGUCCGGUUAAUCCUGGCUGUCCUACUUCGAUUCCACCAUCUCAAAUUAAUGUUAAUCAAGCUGGUAUGACACCUAGUGAACUUAACUCUGUACAUGUUCCACAACAAUACCAACAUCGCUUAGGUUCACAGUCCAAUAAUCCUCAACUUCAGCAAUUUUCAGGAUUAGGAAAUUAUCCUCCGGGAUUAGGACCUAGUCCACUUGGAUCUCAAAGUGGUAAUACUCUGAAUAAUGUCGGUAGUGACAUCUUACCAAGUUCCACUCCAUUUCAGGGCUAUCAGCAACAGUAUCAUUCACCUUCGAACUCACAGAUUCCACUACAACAAUCACAAAAUACUGCCAAUUCUGCCAAUAAUCAAAAUUCAUUGUAUUCUACUGAUGGAACACAUUCAGAUGUUGGAUCAAAUCAACUUUUGAAUAAUUUAUCUAGUCAAAGUCUUAGUGGUUUUCAUAAACUUAUUGAAAUGGGAACAGAACCUGAACGGCGUCCGUGGCUUGAACAUUAUAUACGUUUUAUGGACGGUAUUGGAAAACCAGUUGCUGGUCUUCCACAAGUGGUCAAACAACCACUGGAUCUUUAUCGACUAUAUGUAGCUGUUCGAGAGCGUGGUGGUGUAGCAGAAGUAAUAAAAGGUCGAAGAUGGAAAGAAAUAAGUCAAGUAAUUAAUAUCAGUGCAUCUGCUUCAGCAGCUUAUGCUUUGCGCAAAAACUAUUGUAAAUUCUUGCUCGAGUAUGAAUGUCGUUUCGAUCGCGGUGGUAUUGAUCCUCGUCCACUACUUGCUCAUAUCGAAAAUUUGUCAGGAAAAAAGAGGAAGUGUUCUUCAGUUGAUAGUGAUCCCAAUAGUAUUUCUAGUGGUUUAGCUCCUGCUCCCCCAUCACCAACUGGAAGUCAUUCUUCUGCAUCAUCCAGCCUUUUACCUCCCGGUAGCAGUGGCGCUUCACUGUCUGGUGGACCAAGUGGAACUGCUGGAAGUGCAGCAAGCGAUAGUCAACUUGGACCUCCUUCAUCUCAACAACAACGUUUCAGUGAUCAGGGUCAACCAGGAAGUGUUUCUACUGUCCCAGAAAGCCCCAGUGCUAUCCCAAGCAUGCCUAGUCCACCUGGAUUGUCAGGACAAAGUAGUACUUCGUAUCUACCACCAUCUUCAGGUCCCACUCCUAAUGUUGCUUCACCACAACGUCCUUCUUCAUGUGCUGUAAUUAGUGGCUAUCCGAGUACAUCUCUGUCUUCAGAUAAUAAUUGUUGUCCAUGGCCUUGGACUUCUGAAAAUAAGAACUCUGACUCUAUCAAUUAUCGACAACUACCGUCAGCAUCAGAAACAACAACAGGACAAGGUCUUAUACUAACGAAUCGUGAAACUACCUCAUCGCAAUAUGCUCAAAGUCGUAUAGGAUCUGGGAAUCUACCACCUAAUAACAAUAUCCUACCUUCAUCAACGGUGUACGUUGGUAUGCCUUAUUCUACCUGUGCGUCAGGUUCUAUGGCGAACGGGGAACCUAUGACACAACAUAAUUUCAAUCCAUAUUUGACUCAAGGUCCUCCGUUCGCUUCAAAUCCAUUGCAUCCUAUGCUCAACCAGCAUCACGGUCCUCCACAAACUAUGGAACACUCAUUUACAGGAUCUCAAUCUCCAAUCCAUCCACGUCAUCCGAGCAAUCAUAAUUUCCGUACACCGUCUUUCAAUUCGGUUACUCCACCGAGUGGUGUUAGUGGGGAAUCGAUUGCAUUGUUUCGUAUGCAUCAAAUACGUCCUGGGGCUCCCCAAAUGGCCCCAUAUAUUCCCGGUGGUACUACUACUUCACUAUGUACAAGUACUACUACUAAUAAUAAUAUCAACAAUAAUGGCAGCUUGGAUCAUGCCUCUCCUAUUCCACCUCAUUUGAUUCAUCAUCACCAUCAUAAUCAACGACCAGGUUACGUUACCACCAUUCUCAAACGCUUGGAUCAUUGUGCUUUUCCUCCAGGUAGUAUUGAAGCUACACCUGUUGAUUCACCCCGACGUCGACGAUAUCGGGCAAAAGAUUUAGGUUCUAUUGCACCAUUCAAAUUAUUGAUGGCUCUUCGAUCAGGAUUAACAGCUGAAGUUUCUUGGGCAUUAAACUGUUUAAAUAUUUUAUUAAGAGAUGAAAAUGGAAUAGAUUUUAUUGUUCCGAGUGCAUUACCUGGAUUGCUUACCAGUUUAGUCGAUCUUUGGCGUCAUACAUUAGGUGAAUUAUUUGAUCAUAAGUUAUUUAUUACCAGUUUGGAACUACCUACUGACUUAUCCCUCAUAUCUUCGUUGUCAUCAUGCACGGAGGCAAAACAGAAUCUAAUGCUGAAAAGUACACCGCAUCAUAACUGUUCACUUAACUUCAAUACUGUCAAUAUGACAUGUGUUGAUGUUAUGAAAAGUAAAUCAUAUCUUACUGAUUCAUCUAAUAAUCAUAAUAGUAAUAACGAUAAUAGUUUAAUUCGAUUAGAACGUGAAAUAAGUCGAAUUGCUGCUAGUAAAAAUUUACCAUUGUCUACUGUACGUGCUGGUUUGCGUCGCCUGCUGAAUAAAUGUAAUGAUUCGAAAUCUAUUGAUACACCUGUUCGUUUACGUAAUGGUUUAAUGUUACGAUUGGAAAAUUUAUCUAAUUUAAUACCAGUCAAUUCACUGACAACCACAUCCACAUCAACAACUUGUAAUUCUUCACAUCGAUUAAUUGACACAAAUACAAAUUCUAUAGGAUCAUCUGCAAGUUAUCAUCGAUCUAGGAAACGUGGUAAACAAAUAUCUGCUUCGAUGUGCUCGUCAUCGUCAACACCAUCACAUUUUAUGCCAACAUCUGUUAGUAGUCAUAUAACAACUAAUGGACAACAACAUAUAUACACACUUUCUAAUAUAAACAUUUCAACAGCUAAUCUAGUUAAAUCUGAUUACAACAACAGUGGGAAUGUUAGUGGUUGUGGUGGCAGUAAAAUGAUCUGGUCAUCUCCACAUGUAACAUCUGUUGUAGAUAGUUUGCGAACACCAGAAGCUUGUUCAAACUUAAGAGAUUUAGCGCUUUAUGUAAUUGACACUUUGCUUGAAUCAUCAACUGCUAAUGAUGAUAAUCGUGGAUCAUCAUUUAAAAUGGGUAGUAAUGAUGUUAAAAUUAGCAGUGAUGAUCAUCAGUCAAAUCUGGUGAAAUCAUCAUCGUGUUUGGUAAAAUCUUCCGGUAUGCUGUUACGACAAUUAAUUGAGAAAGGUGGUGGUGAUACGACAUGUCAUAUUAUGCCACCAUUCGGUGCUUAUGCAUUUCAAAGUUCACAUUGGAUGAAUAGUCAAGAGAAUAAUAAUGCAUCGUAUUCUGAUAAUGAUUAUUUGCCUAAAUUAACAGAAUGUUCCACAGCAUCAUCUCCAGUAUCAAAAGUAGUAAUUGGUGGACUAUCUUCUUUGUCCUGUUCUUCAUUAAUAAAACAAUCUGUUUCAAGUAAUGAGUUAAAUAGUGAAUUGAUGAUUAAAAGUAAUGAAUCUGAAGAUGAUGAGGAUGAGGAUAGCGAACAGUCACCGUCUAAUAAACGUAUACGUCAUUCAUCUUCUUCAUCUCUUCCUUGUCCUACAUUAUCACCUCAACCUGUAUGUGAUAUAUCAGACGAUAUUGACAAUAACAAUAAACUCUUAGAAUCAAAUAAUGUAACUAGUGAUAAUUGUGUUGCAACUGGUUCUAUUUGUGAUAAUGAUGAUGAGUUAGAAUUUUCUCAAUUAAUUGAUGAAAAUGGUCGUUGUCCACUUCGUGCUCGUGAAGAAUUAGUUCAUCAUGGUUCUGUAUGUCUAUGGCCAAAUCAUAAUGAAGCUAAUAGUUAUGAAGCUCGUGCUGUUCGUUGUUUAUGUGUUUCAACUGUUCUACGUAAUCUUUCAUUUAUGAAUACAGUUGAACGUCAAUUAAGCAAACAAAAAGGUGUUUUGGCUUUAAUUGGACGACUAAUAUUAUUUGGACAUGAACAUGUUGGUGAAAAUGAUACAUGGAAGGUUGUAGAAGAAAAAGCUCAUGCAUUAGAGUCUAGUUUUUGUGCUUGGUGGACACCUACAUGGUUAGAAGAUAUGCGAGAAAAUGCUAUGGUAUUAUUAGUCAAUGUUGCUGGUUAUUUAGAACUAAUCCAGUUUGAUGAGUCAAUAGUACGUCCUAUUCUAGAAGGUCUUUUACAUUGGAUAACAUGUUCAACAUCAGCUUCAGUUGAUCCUUUCCCAGGACAUCGAACUCUUAGUCCUCGUCGUUUAGCUCUUGAAGCUUUAAAUCGUCUUUGUGUACAUGAAACAAAUGUUGAUCUGCUAUUGUCAACACCUUCUGAUGAAAAAGUUCUUAGUAGAUUAUUUGAUAGACUUGCUACUUGGCUUGCUGUACCAGAAGAUCAAGUGACACGUGAAUUAGCUUUAUCUACAAUGCAUUAUCUUGCUGGUGGGGGUGCUACAUUUUCUAUCUCUUCUCUAUCUUCAAAUAUUGGAAAAGUUACUACUAAUGAAACAAAUUCAUCCUCAGGGACAUUUAUUGGUACGACUAUGCUUGCUGAUGCUAAACCUUGUCCUAUCUCUGGAUUAUUGUCAUUUAUUGAAGCGGCUGAAGCAACAACUAGGCGAGUUAUUGAUCAAUAUGGUGUACAAGCUCUACAAGAAAGACCAGAAUUAAUGGGAACAAGUUUAGAAAUGGUUCGUCGUGCAGGUGCACUACUUGGUAGACUAGCUGUCGAUUCUAAAGGUCGAUUAGCUUUUACACCGGAUUUAGAGCUACGUUUAAUGGAUCUAGUAACUUCACGUGUAUUAGAUGCUACUGUUGCGCAUCUUUUAUGCGGUGCUCUACAUCGUUUACUUCCAGAUUUUGAUCAAUUAGAUAAUAACGUAAAGAUUUCAACAAUUCCACCGAUCCCAACUCCCUCCGCUAUAGCAGAACUCUUAACACAGACCUCAGUGAUAACUGUUGUACUGCCAGAGACAGUGAUGGGUGUUAAUCAAAUCUCACAAGAGUCAUCUACGAUUACUCCAAGUCAUAAACAUGUAGAUAAAGUAGAAGUGUUCAAAAAACAAUCACAACGACAACAACAGUCAACAAACAUAAUGCCAACAACACCAACAUGUCCCGACAUCGAUCAUCAUCAACAAACAAUACUGAAUAAUUCAACUGAUAAUAAUAAUAAUUUAAUAGUUAAAGAAACCGAUUCAUCACUUCCUACUAAUGAGCAUUUGAAUAAACCAGUUGAUAACAGCAUUGACGAUCAUGAUAAUUCUGUAGAUAACAAAAAAAUCCCAUCGAAUAAUAGUUGUAUGAAUAAUACAUCAUUAAUUGAUAAACUUCCUGUUGCGACAAUCUCAGAUGACUCUUUAAUUAUUGAAAGCAGAAAACAGAUGAAUGGAUCUGUUGUCGACAGUGGUGGUGAUAAUGAUAAUGUAAAUUGUUGUAAAACUGAAACUUUUGAUUUCCGAACUAAUUUAACAGUGAAUAAUUGCGGUACCGCUAACUCUACCACUAUUACUACUACUAACAGUAUUAAUAAUAAUAACGAUACUAUAACUACUGUUUCUAUGGAUAAUGACGUUGUUGUUGAUCCCAAUAUUUACUGCAAUAACACAGACUCUCAGCCGAAAAUGAAUUGUGUCGAUUCUUCAUGAUAUGUGUAUGUUACACUGCUAUAAUGCCAUUUUCCCACUUUGUGUUUCGGUCACUUCAGUCCCCUCCUCACACUUCUGUUUGUUUCCCCACUUUCUAUCUCUUUUCUUCUGUGAAUUCUUCUAUGAUUUGUGAUGUCAAAUAAAAAAUUUUCUAUUUACAAAUAAAAUGAAACAACAAACAAAAAUACUUUGUUGUUGAUUUUUCUCCUUUCAGUCAGCUAAUAGCUAACUAAAACGGCCACUUACCCACUAACUAAAUAAACUAACCAACAUGAAUCCAGUCACCUGCAGUAUGAAUGAAAUGAAUCUAGAGGACUGCAUUUUGUCUUUUCUCUCUCUGUGCCCUCUUCCGAACAUUAAAAUUUACUGUGUAUUGUAUUGUGUAAAUCCAUUCAUAUAUAUAUAUAUAUAUAUAUAUAUAUAUAUAUAUAUAUAUAUAUAUAUAUAUAUAUAUAUAUAUAUAUAUAUAUUAUAUAACGUUAUAUAAUCUUUCUUUAGUAUUAAAAAAGUAAUCAUA